AUGGCGGCCCCGGGGAGCCUCCGGUGCGCGGCCACGAGGCCCGCGGCUGCCGCAGGCCGAGCCGCGGCGCGGCGGGCGGCGACGCAGGUCCCCGAGGAGCUGCUGAGCGACCCCGAGCUGCGGGAGGCGGCGGGGGCCCUGCCCGCCAACUACAACUUCGAGAUCCCCAAAACCGUCUGGAGGAUCCGGCAGGCGGGGGCCAAGAAGGUGGCCCUACAGAUGCCGGAGGGGCUCCUCAUGUUCGCCUGCACCAUCGCAGACAUCAUCGAGCGGUUCACGGAGGCGGAGGCGGUGGUGAUGGGCGACGUGACCUACGGCGCGUGCUGCGUGGACGACUACACGGCGCGGGCCCUGGGCGCUGACUUCUUGGUGCACUACGGUCACAGCUGCCUGAUUCCCAUCGACGCCACGCAGGGGCUGAAGAUGCUCUACGUGUUCGUGGACAUCAAGAUCGACACGUCCCAUUUCCUCGAGACCCUUCGCUUCAACUUCGCCCCGGGCGCCUCCCUGGCCCUCGUCAGCACCAUCCAGUUCGUGUCGGCCGUGCAGGCGGCCGCGCAGGAGCUGCGCCCGCAGUACCGGGUGUGUGUGCCCCAGUGCAAGCCGCUGUCCCCCGGAGAGAUCCUGGGCUGCACCUCGCCCCGGCUGGCGCAGGACACGGAUGCCAUCGUGUAUUUGGGUGACGGCCGCUUCCACCUGGAGUCCAUCAUGAUCGCCAACCCGGGGAUACCCGCAUACAGGUACGAUCCCUACAGCAAGGUCUUCUCGCAGGAGCACUACGCCCACGAGCGCAUGCGCAGCGCCCGGCAGGACGCCAUCCGCAGCGCCGCCCGCGCCCGCUACUGGGGGCUCAUCCUGGGCACCCUGGGGCGCCAGGGCUCCCCCCGCAUCCUGCAGCACCUGGAGUCGCGUCUGCGUGCCCUGGGCCGGCCCUUCGUGCGGGUGCUGCUGUCGGAGAUUUUCCCGAGCAAGCUGCAGCUCUUCCCCGGCGUCGACGCGUGGGUGCAGAUAGCCUGUCCCCGGCUCUCCAUCGACUGGGGGGAAGCCUUCAGCAAGCCGCUGCUGACGCCCUACGAGGCAGCGGUGGCACUCGGGGACAUCGAGUGGCAGCCGACGUACCCCAUGGACUUCUACGCCAGCCAGUCCCUGGGGCCGUGGACGGCGAACCACAGCGCGCCGCAGCCCCCCGGCCGGCCGCCCCAGGCGAAGCCCCCCACGCCCCUCGUCCCCGGGGAUGGCGCCGAGGGGACGCACAGCCCCACCGACCCCGCUGGCACUUGUGGGGACGUGGCGGGGGCGCAGCCCCACAGGGACUGAGCACCAGCAGGGCUGCACCGGCUUGUGGGGAGCAUCCCCGGUAGCAGCCCCAUGAGGGACAGGGAAGGGGCUGGGCACGGCCCUCGUCCCCCCGGGCGGCUCCGUGCAGCCCCCGUCGGGGCCGCCCCGUCCAUUCACCCCCACCCCCGCCGCCAUUUUGUCUCCCCGGCCUCCCUCCGCCAGGGGGCGCCCGAGGCGGGAGGAGGGGGGCGGGGCUCAGCCCGUAGUCCCGCCCCCCCGCCCCUAACGCCGCCCAAUCAGCUCGCCGCUUUUCGGCGGGAAGCACGGAGCGGCCGGAAGCUCCCCGUCCCUGUUCCGGCGGGCGGGCGGGCGCCAUGUUGGAGGAGCGGCCGCUGCGGCUGCUGGCGCUGCACGGCUACCGGCAGAGCGAGCGCCGCUUCCGCCAGCGCACCGGGGCGCUGCGCAAAGCCCUGAGGGGCCGCGCCGAGCUCGUGGCCUUCGACGCCCCUCACCUCGUGCCAGGCGGCGAGGAAGACGGCGCCGACGACGGCGCCGACCCCCCCCGCGGCUGGUGGUUCUCCAGGCCCGGCGCCUUUGAGGCGCGGGAGGCGGCUGAGGAGCCGGCGGGGCUCGACGAGGCGCUGGCGGCCGUGGCGGAGGCGCUGGCGGAGCGCGGGCCUUUCGACGGGCUGCUGGGCUUCAGUCAGGGCGCGGCGCUGGCCGCCAUGGUGUGCGCCUUGAGGGCCCGGGGCGAUCCCCGCUUCCCCGUGGCCUUCGCCAUCCUGGUGGCCGGCUUCGCCAGCCGCGCCCCGGCCCACGGGCACUUCUACCGGGAGCCCAUCGCCCUGCCCACGCUGCACGUGGUGGGUGAGGCCGAUGCCGUCAUCGCCGCCCCCCUCAGCUUGGAGCUGGCGCAGAGCUUCGUGGAGCCCGUCGUCGUCACCCACCCCGGCGGGCACUUCGUCCCCGUGGGUGCGCCGCAGAAGAAAGCCUACCUGGACUUCUUGGAGCGCUUCCGCGCGGGCCGGGGGCAGGCUGAGCCGCCGGGGGCUGGAGCUGUUUGAUAACAGCGUCUGUAAUAAACGGGGCUCCAGCCAGGUG